AGGUGAAGAAAGACGUGGGCUUGUUUAUUGCAUUGUACGACAUCCUAGAACAAGGGGAUCAGUACCUUUACCCACUCGAUGGAUCGGCCCAUGUGCAUGUCAAGUUUCGCUACGUUGUGUUUAGGCCGUUUGUUGGGGAGACUAUCUCAGGCAAGGUGCUUCAAAAUGGCAAGGACGGUCUACAGGUGUCGCUGGGCUUCUUCGACGACAUCUUCAUCCCGUCGCACUUCAUGCGUGACAAUGUGUUCUUUGAGGAAGAGACGCAGACCUGGUACUUCCUGGCGGAUGGCGAACACAAAAUGUACUACGAUGUGGGCCAUCCAAUCCGCUUCAAAGUCGUGAGUGAAACGUUCAAGGACGUACAUCCCACAACGGACGACGACAAUGCAGCACGAGCAACCACAGCCACUCUCGACAAUAAACCGGGGGCAGAGGAAGACGCCGAGGUGGGCGGGUUCGACACAACCAAGAUAGCCUACUUCUUGACGGCAUCUGUCAAGGACGAUGGGCUGGGCAUGGAAGCCUGGUGGUAGUACCAAGCGGACGCACUUCAGUGUGGUAUCUAAUACUUGUUGUAGGUGGGUGCUAUAUGGUUAUAUACAUCGUAUAUCAACCCCCAUGAGUCAACCUAGGAUGGAAACGACUAGCGUCUAUACAUCGACGUGUAUAGAUGACGGAUGGGGAGGUCAAGCGUGGUGGAGCACGUUGUGUCGCAUUGCGGUAGUCCUAGUCUAUGCAAUUUAGGACAGUCGGUGGCAUGGGGCAAAGACGUGGCAGCACGAUGAUAUGUUAGCAAGCGAAAGGGGGCCGAUGCUUUAUGUCUCGCCUACACACGUUGCUAAUAUCGCGCAGCAACCUAUAGACGGUGAUAUAGACACCCCAAUAUCUAUAGACACCCCAAUAUGAGGGUACACAUCGCAUGUCAAUGUAGAGCAAGCCAUUCUAGCGAUAGUCAAAUCAUCAUUAAGGUGGUGUUGCACAUCGCACGGCUUCGUCACACAACUGUGUUUUCUAUAUCAGGUGUGCAGAGGAGAGCAUCACCUACUAGACUGGCUAUGAAGACCUGGGUCCGGAAGUUUGCUGCCACUAGUUGUUGAUGAAUGUCGUACGCACGGCG